AUGUCCGUUCUCCGACAUGGAGGUUCAUACCUCCAGCGACGUCUUACCAAAAUGUAUACAGAUACAAAGACCUCGUGUGAGAGUGUUACGACGGCUUCGAAGGCUGUCGAUGAUCCGGAACUCGUCGCUCUGCAUCGGAGCUUUGGGACGCAGCGGGAUCGGCUUCUUGCUUGGGGUCUAGACUGGAGCGACGCUGGCGCCGCACAGCCGAACGAUAUCGAUGAAUCGCUCACGCAAGCCGGGUUUAGCGAUGUCGUGGAAAGCGUUAUGUCUUCCAUCCAGGAGUUACUAAGUGAAGCGGAACGCAUCCAACAUGGGGGUUCAUCCGAUUUACCUCCCAAAGGCGCUCAGAAGGACUCUACAUCGAAAGACAGCCUUCCUGCUCUGCCAGCCAAGACGCACUGGACUAAUGAAGACAUUACACGCUCCAAGAGCCUCCUUGCCGACUUGACUGCUUGCAUCGACACUUUGUACGAUUUGUCGCGCUCGCGCCGAAACAUGACCUCCAGCGGGCAGUCGGCUGUGCGGGGUCGCCAACGACAUGCGCUCAGAACCGGAGACGAGUCUGUCUACUCCUAUCCCGAUUCCAAGUCAUACCACGGCUCUCCGCUUGAUACGAAGGAGGCCUACCACAGCCCCAAAGCGCAUCAAGAUCCUUUCGACUAUGCGUCGCCCGUUGUCAGCGCUUUGGAGAAGCAGUCACAUAAAUCUUCCCUUUCAUCCCAAAGCUUCCUCAUUGAUCGCUCUGCUUUGCAGCUCUCCGGUGCGUCCCACGACAACAGCCCACCGCCGUAUGAGAUGGUAGCUGCUUCCACGAAUUCUCGGGCCAUUGGACGUAUCAAGACGUCGGCUUCUCCGCUCUUGGCGGGCGCCAAGGAGUCUACCGUAUCCAUCUUGGUUGAGUAUACGCCAAUGAUGCUGGAAACUCAACGCGACAUCACUUUGCCGGAGCAGAAGCGACUCGAACAUGUGCAACAGACCCUUGAUCAGCUCGUCCAAAACGCAAGGGUAUCCCAUCUGGGUUUGAUGAGAUUCCUUGGCUUCUACAUCGACAUGCCCAAUUCGCGAUAUGCGUUUAUCUAUCAAAUGCCAAUCGACUAUUUCCCCUUCCUGCACAAUCCUUCCGAUCUCCUGAGCGGCCUGAAGCCGAAGCCUCUAGUCUCUCUCUUUCAAACAAGCGAUGAUCAACGGGUCCCCAACCUCGAAACCCGUCUUCGGCUGGCUUAUGACCUUUUGAUGGCUGCGCUACACCUUCGAAGCCAGAAUCUCGUGCACGGUAACAUCAACAGCGGUAACGUGCUCAUCUUCCCCGGUGCCACCAGCUCAAACAACGACGAGGUGGCCCUUACGGAGGAUCUUCGACGGCCCUAUUUGACAUCCUUCGCUCAAUUCUCUGGUACUGCGACAUCACCGGAGCCUUUAUCUUCGAGCAUGUAUCGUCAUCCCGACGAUAAGAGGUCCCUUGAGGAUAAUGCGGCCUGGUCCUAUGAUCUGUAUUCCCUAGGUCUCGUGUUGAUGGAAAUUGGCCUGUGGACGCCAAUCAGCCGACUUUGGAAGAUGAAAUACACCAAUUCGAUGUUUAAGCAGAGAAUCGAAAAUGUUUAUCUGCAGAAGCUGGGUCCGAAGUGCGGCAGUGCAUUCCUUCACGUCGUCCAACUGUGUCUGGACGCCCCCAACUUCCAUUUAUCAACGCAGCCAUUUGAGGACUUCAACUUGAGAGUUCCUCAGACAUAUCAUUAUCCUGUUUUGGAUCUUUCUGCGCCAGACGGUAUCUUUUCUUUCUCCAUGAACUUCCUUUAUACAAUGUGCAAGAUCGUUUGGUCUUGUUGCAGAAUUGACAUUUUCUCUGCACCGGCCGCAGAGGAGUUGGAUGAUUGCCUUCCCCUUGCGCUCGUUCCUCAAACAGAGACAGAGCAUGUGCACAAGAGUCUUCAGAAGUACGCGCCUGAACCUCAGCGACUGACACGUCGCCAUGGUUCAUAUCCUGCUCUUCAAGUGCAAGAUAUGCGAGUCUUGAGGGAGAAGAUGGGGCUGGAGGAGAAGAAGGCAAAGAAGAGGACAUUCAAAAAGCUUACCAACGUCGAGAUUCCUCAAGACCACCUCAACGAAUGGAAUUUCCAGAUGCUUCCACGAUUGAGAAAACUUCUUCAGAAGAUUCUUAAAGACUCGUCCGAAUCCUGUGGCGUCACUCUGAUGAUGACUGGCGAUUCGGCUGAAACUGCCAAGACGACUAUCUGUGUUACCUGCGCGAGUGCAAAGAAGGUAAGAGCCGCCUUGAGGAAGUACUUUGUGCUCGAUGAUAGGGAAGAUUGGGACAUCAUCGUGCUUCGUGGGGAUAUCCAACGCUCCAAAGUUCCGCGAAAGAAAAAGCGCAGGCCGGCAAAGAGAUCGCAGACGGCGGGUGCUCCGGCGUUUCCCGAGCGAGAUCUCAAUCCCUGCUAUCAGCCACGACCGCUUUGUGGCGCGUCCAUUGGCGCCUUUCAGAAUGAGGAGCAUCUCCCUCCUGUGUCCUAUGGGGGUGCCAUCUUGGUGGACGGUAUGCCUUAUGGUAUGACGGUCCAUCACAUGCUUGAGGCACCUAGUGAUGAUGAGGGAGAAGAGGAGGUGCAGAAUCGGAAUGUCGGGGGACCAUUUCGCUCAGCUGGGAAUUGGCCGGGAGAAUCCGCCCCCUCGAACAAUGAUUUCAUGUACACCUGGUGCGACGAGGAUCCCUCUGAAGUUGACUUGGAAUUCGAGAUCUCGGAAGACGAGGAUGGCGAUGACGUCUCCCUCUCUCCGAGCUUGGAAGGAACUUACGAGGACCAUUGGCUCUCAGACACUUAUUCUUCGGACGAAGAAGGCUUUGAUAUUGAUGACCCCUAUGAGGAUGAAGAUGCGGCCUCGAUUGGCGACACGGCCGGAGUCGAGCCGGGUGAUGAGCCGCCUUUAUUUGUUACUCAACCAGCAAUCGAUGACGUCCAUGAGGAUUUCUUCCCGUCGCCCGAGGAUCGUGAUGAUGAGCACUUGGCGUCUCACUCGCUCGGGUUCGUCCAUGCAUCAUCGGGCGUUCGCCGAUGGACUCGAAAAGGCAUCAAGCAUGAAAUUGACUGGGCGUUGAUCAAGAUCAAUGAUGACCGGUUAGAUGCGCGCAACAUUGUGUUUGACAAGACGCCGCCAUCAAUGUCCCGAGGUGUCUCGAGACGGGGCCCUGGAGGACCACCUUCACAUACAGGGGAAGCCAUCUUUCUCAAUGACGUAGCACGGAUGGAGGAGCUGGGCGGUUUGAAGGUUCAUUGUUGCGGUCGGACAAGUGGUCUGCAGACUGGGCAGAUUUCCCGGGCGAUGACCAUUGUCAAACUGCACGGACGACAAACUUUCUCCACUAGUUUCUGUGUGGAUGGAAACUUUGGAGUCCCCGGAGACUCAGGAGCCUGGGUUUUCGACAAGUCGACGGGCCGUGUCUGCGGCCAUGUCCUGGCCUGGUCGGAGAAAAGCCACACAGCCUACAUCGCUCCCAUGGAAGUGUUACUAGAGGACAUUGCUCGCACCCUGAAAGCUAGCAUUGUCACUCUGCCCGGUGGCCGGGACGAGUCUCUCGCCUUCGCGAUGGCUCACGGCCCAAUGCCUGAACCUCAGAACCCGCGUUACCAGGCGCCUCUCCCUCUCCCGCAGCAGGUCCCGGUGGACAUUGGCCGGUUAAGCCUGGGCCUAGACGAGCCCGGGAUGGGUACUGUCAACCCCAGCCGCGGCAUACCACAGGUGUCGUCCACUCCCUACCGAGGGAUGCCACCUAUCCUCUCCCCGCCACGCAGCCUAGAAAGACAGCUUGCGUAG